AUGGGAAAUUGUUUGCGGCAUCAACAACAUCAAUCAUCAACACGGUGGGCCGGCGACGAAUGGGGCUCAUCGGCCUCGGCGGCGAACGACGGUGACGAAGAAAAGGGUCUUCUUGUAAAUAAUCCAGAAAUUGGUUUGAAUGCAUCUCCUUCAGCUAUUCAUGAAGUGAAAGUGAAGAUAUCAAAGAAGCAGUUGGAGGAGUUAUUAGGUAGGGUUGACGCAAAAGAAUUAUCAGUACAACAGGUUUUGGAACAGUUGAUCAAUGUCGGUAAUCAAUACGAAGCAAAUCAACGGUCCUGGAGGCCUGCACUGCAAAGCAUUCCUGAAGGUGAAUUGAGCUGA